CAGCAGUAACCAACAUUUCUCCUGUUUCACUGUGAUGACAAAGUCUGUGGUUGCGACCCUCAGGGUGGCGCUGGUGGUAGCGGUGGCGGCGAUGAUGGCUGCGCACGCAGAUCCGGAGCCCAGCUAUGGCGGCCACGGUGUCUCUCGCUAUGGCCACGGCGGCCACGCAGGCCAUGGAGGAUACAGCAUGCAUGGUAGUGGAAACAGAGGUAUCGUUCACCACGGUGGCUAUAGGAGAUAUGGUUACGGCGGCCACGGUGGCUAUGGAAGCCAUGGUGGUUAUGGCAGCCAUGGUAGCUAUAAUGGUUAUGGCGGCCAUGGUGGCUAUGGAAGUCAUGGUGGUUAUGGCAGCCAUGGUAGCUAUAAUGGUUAUGGCAGCCAUGGUGGCUAUGGAAGCCUUGGUGGUUAUGGCAGCCAUGGUAGCUAUAAUGGUCACAGAGGCCAUGGUGGCUAUGGAGGCUAUGGUAACUACAGAGGCCACAGUGGUCACAGUUACAGUGGUCAUGGUGGCUAUGAUGGUCACAGCGGCCAUGGUGGUCACGUCAACUAUGGUAACGUCAUCUCUGGUAACUACAGAGGCCAUGGUAGCCACAGUGGAUAUCGUGGUUACACUGGCCACGGUGGUUACAGCAGCAAUGGCAAUUAUAGAGGUCAUGGUGGAUACAGUAGCCAUAGUAGCUACAGAGGAUACAGUGGUCACAGCGGCCAUGUUGGCUACAAUGGCGGAAGCAGUGGAGGCCACGGCUAUGGGUACGAAGGGUUACCCCACGGCCACGGCAAUUACCGCUACGGGUCCUAUGGCUACUGAGGCGAUGUUUUGGCCAGGAGUGUCCCGCGGCGAGGAAAGAGGAGGGCAGCGGGGCGGCGAUCUCUGCGGCAGCGCCUGCGACACAGCCCGCCUCAGCCUAUCCUGAUCCCACUCACGACAACCCUAUGUAAACCAUACUCUAUAUUUAUUUCCCCAAAUGUAUGCUUUUUG